AGCAUCUUCGCUGAUGACGACGCUCCUCCCCCAAUCCUUCCCUUCUGAUCUCAAGCUUUUCGUCGGUAACCUUCCCUUCAACGUUGACAGUGCUCAGGUCGCUCAGCUCUUCGAGAGCGCCGGAAACGUCGAGAUGGCUGAGGUAAUCUAUGACAAGGUGACAGGGAGAAGCAGAGGUUUUGGGUUUGUGACUAUGUCUUCAGCCUCUGAAGUAGCAACAGGGAGAAGCAGAGGUUUUGGCGCUGGAGAGUUUAUUUGGGGAGCAAGGGAAGGUUGUUGAGGCUAG